AGCUCUGUCACUUCCGGCUUCGAAGCAGUGGCGGCGCCAACCCUGUGGCACAGGGCGCAGCGUAAGAACCAGCGGGACGGGGCAGUCCUUCCGCUGGCUCGGGGUGCAGCGCGCGGAAUCGGGGAAGUGUGAAUGAUCCGCGGCCGGGGCUCAUCCAGAAAUCCUGAAGGAGCUAGAUGAGUAUUAUGAGAAGUUCAAGCGCGAGACGGAUGGCGUCCAGAAGAGGAGAGUGUUGCACUGCAUCCAGAGAGCCCUGAUCCGGAGCCAGGAGCUGGGCGACGAGAAGAUCCAGAUCGUGAGUCAGAUGGUGGAGCUGGUGGAGAACCGGGCCAGGCAGGUGGACAGUCACGUGGAGCUCUUUGAGGCGCACCAAGAGGUCAGUGACAGCACUGGCCACGGAGGCAAAGCUGGCCAGGAUAAGUCCAAGAAUGAGACAGUCCCGCAGGCGGAAAAGCCCAAUAACAAGAGGUCUCGGCGACAGCGCAACAAUGAGAACCGAGAGAACGCGGCAAAUAACCAUGACCACGAUGACAUCACGUCAGGAACGCCGAAGGAGAAGAGGGCCAAGGCCUCCAAGAAGAAGAAACGCUCCAAGGCCAAAGCCGAGAGGGAAGCGUCCCCCGCAGACCUCCCCAUCGACCCCAACGAGCCGACGUACUGUCUGUGCAAUCAGGUCUCCUAUGGAGAGAUGAUAGGCUGCGACAACGACGAGUGCCCCAUCGAGUGGUUCCACUUCUCCUGCGUCGGACUGAACCAUAAACCAAAGGGCAAGUGGUACUGUCCCAAAUGUCGAGGGGAGAGCGAGAAGACCAUGGACAAGGCGCUGGAGAAAUCCAAAAAGGAGAGGGCUUACAACAGGUAGUCGGCGGACCUGCCGGGCCGGGAGGAGGCGGUGAUCGGGCCGUGUAUUUAUUACCUCCCCACCUUGGGGGAGGCGCCAGGACUGCACAGUGUAUAUUUUUAAAGAAUGUUAGCAAAGGAGCCAUUCCCUUUGUUGAGUGGCGCUGAUUGUCUGCCUUGUUUUGUUGUCGUUGGUACACAUGUGUAAUGAGAAGGUGGUCUGUGGAUCAACAUUUUAGAAACUACAAAUACAGGUUUGAAUUGAACACCCCGGCAGAGUCUUGGACUGAUGGGUCUGAGUUGGUUUGGGUUUUGGCGCAGGGCCGGGGGUGUUUUUGUGUGGGGGGCGGGUGGUGACGUGGAAGCAAUCUAACACAUUAAAUGUGGGGAAAAAAAAAUAUUUCACUUAGCUAUUUUAUUUUAAUGAAAAUGUUAACUUCAUGAACAAAUUUUUAAAAAAUUAGCCAAGUUGCUAAAAAUAUAUAUAGCCCAUAGCAAACUUAUUUCUUACUAUAAUGUAUAUCCAUAUGACAAUAAAAAGGUUUUAAGUUUGAAGAUUA